AACCGUCCAGGGAGGAGAGCAGUACAUGCAUCCAGAGCCUCCGAUCGAACAUGGCUUCGACGAGGAUCCCCGGGCGAAUGCGUGUAACGGGGGGCUGCGGGUGACAUGGCGGAGACGGACCGCAGGAGCUGGGGUGGGGAACGCUUUCUCUCUCCCUCUCCGCCCUCCUCUCUUGCCCACCACGCUCGGCCCAGUCUCCCCCCUCCCUUCCGCCUGCCCGCCGCGGCAGGCACAAUACUCUGCUGCGGCCCCGCUCCGGUCUGGGCGGGCCUCCUUCCGCGAGAGCGCGGCGCCCCUGCCGCCCUGGCCACUAGUCUCGCAUGGCCUGCCCGCCGCUGCGGUGCAGCUGCCUGGUGCCUGGUCCAGCAGGAGGGUGGGCUUCCCGGCGGCCCCGCUCUCCGCGCUCUGCGCCGCUCCCCCGGCCGCGCACGCCGCAGGGGCCGACCCGGACGGUGCUUUCCGGGCGGCGCCCCGGGCCGUGCUCGCGUCGGGCGCGGCGGACGAGCCCGUGGGCCCCCAGCGGAGGGCGGCCCUGCAGAGGGACGCGCGGCACAGCGGGCUGGACGGGCUCGUGCGGGAGCCCGGGAGCUCGUCGACGGCGACCUCCGAGGACGAGGGCGGCGAGGCCCAGGAGGAGCGCCGGCCGGGCUUUCUCGCCCACAUGGAGCGCGCCGCGCGCACGGCGUUCCUCACGCCGGAGACGGUGGGCGGCUUCGUGUCGAAGGUGCGUACUGGCCUCAUGAUGUGCCGCCAGGAGGGCGUUAAUGACCUCUUCCAGCGCUACGACCUGUUCAACUCGGGGGUGCUGGACCUGAACACCGUCUUCGACAUCCUGGCGGACCGGAAGCUCAUGCCGAAGGAGUGGGAGCUCCAGCGGUUCCUGUGCGAGACCUUCGUGGACGAGGGGGCCGAGCCCGGCAAGCAGGUGUCCUUCCGAGGCUGGGAGCACUUCAAGCGCCGGCACGCCGCCGUGCCCAUCAGCUGCCAGGAGUUCCUGCACCUCUUCCACUUCCUGCAGCAGUCUGACGAGCAGUCGGCUUCUGAGACGGAGUGGGCGGAGGCGAAGCGCUACGGCAUCGCGGACGUCCGGCUCUACAUGGCCCUGCGCGAGGAGGUCGCCGCCCUGCACCGCGCGCUGCGGCGCUACGGCACGGCGGGGGCGUCGCCCCCGAGGAGCCCGCGCGCCACGGAGGACGCAGGCGCGUCGUACGACAAGAACGAGGUCUGGGUGGCGCUGAACACGCUGGGGCCUCGCCCCCACGAGCUGCCAACGGAGGCGAAGAUCCUGAAGGUCGUGAAGAAGGGCUGUACGCACGGGGAGCUGAAGACGGGCUCGACCUCGGGCCUCACGGCGCUCGGGAGCAGGCUGAUCGAGGGCUGGGGGUCCAGCAAGUCGGCGGCGCGCAUGUCCUUCGAGGACUUCCUGAGGGUCGUGGUCAGAGUGCGCGAGCUGGUGCGGCGGGAGGAGUCGUUCCACCUGCGGCCCGUCUUCGCGCGCCACUGCACGCCUGCCGCCGUCGGCCGCCUCGCGUCCGGCGCGCCCGGCGCGCUCGACACGCGGACCAUCGACACGGCCGGCAUCUUCCGG